UGCUAUGGUAACCGUUAAUGUUUGAAACUAUUAGUGAUUGUUUGCUUUGUUGUGUGGUAGAAUGUUAUAAAGUUGUGUUUAAAGUGUAAGUUUAUGUUAAAGAUGUUCGUGGCUCCUGUGGACUUCUCUUUUAAAGCCCUGGGCUCAAUAGAAGGUGUUCUAUCAGAAGAGCCAAACAAAGGAGCACACACACCUUGGAGAAACUCAGAGGGGAAAUUUGCUAGCCGUGUUCUCCGUCUCAACAACAACCUUUUAUCAAACACGACCGGACUCAUGGAGACACUGUCUGCUUUAUUCGUCGAGCCAAAACGAAUCGCCUGGCUCGACCUGUCCUUCAACAACAUCACACACAUUCACCCGGUCCUCACUGAACUGGUGGAGUUGCGUGUCUUGUAUCUCCAUGGUAACUCGGUGUGUAAUUUCUCUGAGGUGGACAAACUCGGGGCAUUACCGCGCUUGCAUACCAUCACGCUUCACGGGAACAAUAUAGAGACUCAACAUGGCUACAGAAACUACGUGAUCACCGUCCUUCCUCAUCUGAAAAUGAUGGACUUCAGUGCAGUCACCAAACAGGAGCGAGUCAUGGCCUACAUCUGGCGAAGGCCCAGGAGGAGCCACAAAGUCAAUCGGACCACAGAAAACAUUUCAAAGAGAUCAUUAACAUUUAGAAGAAAGUAGAUCAUUCUUUAACAAACAUUUACGCACAUCAUCACACACUUGUGCGGGUCUUCCUCACAUCGCCAUAAUGUUUUGAUGCACACGACUGUACAGAAUGCCUUCGUUUGCUAGAAUUACAAUUUCCCUUCACACCGUUUCAGCACGAACACAAUUCCAACAUCUGAGUGGAAAGAAUUUCCAGAAGUAUAUAAUAAAAGCGAAGGAUAACAAAUCUGGAAACGAUUCGCAGGGCUGUCAAGUGUCACGCAUUGAGAGUCAGUCACGCAUUUUGGUCUUUUCUCACGCUCUCCCGCCACACAUCGUAUUUCUCACGCAGAAAAACUUUACGACUAUUUGUAAUAUAUUUAAUAAGCCGCAGCACCCAAAACGUAU